AUGAUCGAGGGCAUCAAGACUCUGCUGAUCGAUGAGCGUGACUUACCAAUGGCCCUGGCGUUCUUCAACAUCAUCGUGACGACGCUUCCAGCGGCUGCAGCAGUGUUCUACUUGCAGUCUCAUGUUUUCGGCCUCCUCUACGUCGUAACCAACCUGAUAACAUACCAAGAGCGCUUCAUCCUCGGCCUUCACUAUAGCUCACACCGUGCCAUCUUCAAGUACUCGGCCUUGAACCUCAUUCCCCCGUAUCUUCUGUCGCCGUUCUUCGGCAUCCCCAGCGGGAUCUACUACCUGCACCAUUGCGUCAUGCACCAUGUGGAGAACAACGUCUUCCCCUAUGACGUUAGCUCCACCGAGCCCUUCCAGCGCGACAACUUCGGCCAUCUGAUCUUCUACUGGCUUCGCUUCUUGAUCGCCAUAUGGUUCGAGCUCCCUUACUACGCACUGAGGAGGCAGCGAUAUGGCCUGGCAUUCCACUGCGUUUCCUGUAUCGGAUUCUUCAUGGUGACCACUUCGGCCCUGUACAAGAUGAGUCCGGUGGGGACCAUGUGGGUGUUCUGGAUCUACACCUUUGUUACCUCCUUCCUCCUCAUGCUGGGUAACUGGAGCCAGCACAUCUUCGUGAGCCCGCGGAACCCGAACAGCAACUACCUCCUCGCCUACAACGUGAUCAACGUCUCCAGCAACCAGCGCUGCUUCAAUGAUGGAUAUCACGUGGAGCAUCACCUUCACUCCCGGAAACACUGGAGCGAGCUGCCUACCAGCUUCAUGCGCUCGCUGGACAAGUACGCCAAGGAGGGCGGGCUGGUCUUCGAGGGCAUCGACAACAUGGCGGUCGGGUACCUUACGUUCAGCGGCCAGCUCGACAAGCUCGCCGAGCACUACGUGCAGCUCGGGCCGGUGGAGUGGACGAAGGAGGAGAUAGUGGCGGAGCUCAAGAGCCGCCUCGUGCCCAUCCAUCGCAAGCCGAAGACGAGCUGA